UGCCAUACGUUUCGAAUGUUUCUCCUCAUUAGGGAUAGUUUCGCGGAAAUUACCGACAACGGCUGAUUUAAGAGUGAAAGAACUUAAGUGUCACCGGGUCCUGGUUUCGAUUUUUUUCGACGUGACUUCCUCAGGAAUAUUUCGAAAAUUCCGCGCGAAAAUUUAGAAAAAAUAUAUAUUUUACGAGUGUUUUGAAUUGGAUUUUAAAUAUUAAUUUGUUUGUUACUUUAUACCAUUUAGUUUUUUGAAAGAAUAUUACAGAACAACAUUUUAGAAAAAUGGAUAACGAAUAUCAGGCUUUAUCGAAAUUAUCCGGAUAUUUAGAGAAAAAAGGACGCAAGAAAAUGAUGUCAUGCUACAAAAAAUACUGGUUCGUCCUCGAAGGAAGACUUCUAUUGUACUACAAAUCGAAAGACGAAUAUGAAGCCAUAUCACCCUGUAAGGGCUCAAUAACUUUAGGAGCCACCUGUAACGUGAAACCCUGUACAUCAAACGUUGGCGUAUUCCAGAUUGAAAACAAAACAACAACAAUAACUUUGAGAGCCGAAAGCAGGGAAGAACAACACAAAUGGAUGCACGCGAUCAUAUCAGCCUUGAAUCAAGGCAAUAACGGGACAAAGUUGUGCCAUUUUAGACAUUCUCUAGGGGAACUACCGCCUGAUACUGAUAACAACGGUCUCAGAAGAAACGAAACGUUGAAAAAAAGUAACAGCUGUUCGUCUCCAAAAGAAAACAGACGUAUCAUAGAAAAACUGCAAAAACUCGGGGCACAAAGUUAUGGUAUCGAAUCCAAAACACAGGGUCUUCAGAAUUUACUAACACAAAAACGAAUGUCAGUAUCUCACGAAUCUCUUCCUUUAAAAGUUAUGGAAAAACGAUUAGGGUUAUUUAGGAAAUCAGAAGAUCAAAGCAACAAUCAUUUUGAAAAAGACGAGGAUGUUUCCAGUUCUAAAUCGAGAUCUAGUAGCACAGAAAGUUGGAAAUAUUCGGGAGAUGCCAUGUAUGACAGGAUACAGUCUAAUGAAUCUGUAUUUAUAAAAAGUGAAGAUGAGGUCAAUACAGAGAAUCAAUAUUACUGUGGAUCUAGACAACAUAAUCAAAAUAAUUCAUCCCAAGAGAUGUCAGAAGAAUCAAGAGACAGAAUAUUUUUUCCUGAUCACAACACUGACGCAGUUGUAACUGAUAACAAUUACUACUGGAGUAGAAAAAGUGAUUCAGUCUAUGAUAAAGACGAUCAGAAUAUUGAUUGCAAUGACAAUAACAUCCAGAAACAUGAUAUGAUCCCUUCUUUAUCGGCAGAAUCUCUCAGAAAUUUGGAGCAUGUUUAUUUUGAACCGAUCCAACUUGAUAAUUCAAAGUCAAAUGAAUACGUUGACAUGCCUGUAUCACCUGAUCCUGUUAAAGAUAAAUCUAGUAAAAUUAAGAAAAGGUUUAACAGUUUUUACAAGCGAACCAAAAAGUGCAAAGAGAAACCUGAUGAAGGGUUAAGGAAAUCAGAGAGCUUCUUGAAACGAGUUUGGGCUAGGAAAAUCAAGAAAAAAGAAAAGGAAAUUUCACUUACCAAUAACAACGCUUUACAAAAAAUGGAAAUGAAUGACACCACCACUGUUCAGAUGUUGACAGCUCUGCAGGAAAUCCUUGAAAAUAAAAAACAAGAACUUAGGGAAAAACUCAAGGGAGAAACGUUAUAUGACAGUCAGCGAGAAGAAAUGAUUUACCAGGAAGUUCAAAGCGAGAAUAUCGUACCAGCAAACUCUUCAAGCGAAGAAGACAACAUUCGGCCAUCUUUGCCCCCCAGAAAUUGCAGGAAAAAAUCAGGACUGCCCAAUCAUAUUACAGCUGAAGAGCACAGGCCAGAACCCAGGAGAAAUAAUAAUAACUUUACAACAUCCAUAGACGAUAUUUUGAAUAACUUAAAUCUAGAAAGCCAACAUCGGCAAAAAGAUUUAACAGUUGACAAUAAAGAUGAAAAUGAAGGCAACGUAAAAAAAUUGAUAAAAAGGUUCAGUAUAGCUAGAGAAGAUUCUGUGGAAAUGAGGAUCAAGAAAAAUUGGGAUUUGAAUGAUGGUAAACGAGAAACUUGCAGUACAGAUUCUGGAGAAUUAAACAGACUACUAGAUGAACUAGCCAAGGUUACUACAGCACCAAUAAUGACACCUGGUGUCACUACCAGUCUGAUUAAUCCAGAAAUAUGCGAUUCCGAGUUGUUCCAGCUGAUUCCUAUGAGGAGAAGAAGGAUGUCAGACCCUGACUAUGAUAUUCCGAGGCCUCACAGAUCACUCACCAACGUACAAAGAAAAGAUGAGAACGCCUUACAAGCUACGAGGUUCUUCGGGCCCAUUCUGAGGCCUUCUGAUCUCAUUGGUACUACAAAAAGACCACCAACUCCUCCAGUAGACUACUCCAACGUUCCUAGCAUGACUCCAGACUCUUUGGAAGUCAAUUGCAGAAAAUCCUUGAACCAAGAAGACCAGAAUACUUCCUACCAGUCCCACGACUACGUAAACUACCAAAAAAGAAGCCACAAUCGCGUAGACGUUUUGGUUGAAAACGCCCUGUAUGAAGACCCGAGAUUAGUGCACAAAUCCAAGCAGGAUUACAUAAAAAUGAACCCUCACAUGAGGAACCUUCACUACAAUUCUGCCUACGAUAACGAAUUUAUCGAUUCUCUAGAAACUUGAAGACAAAUUUUUAGUUAAAAAAUGAUCUGAAUUCAACUAAAAAUGUAUUUAGUUGAAAAUGAUAUAAAAAUAUCAUACGAUCGAAAAAAAACGGCGUCAAAGACGGCUGGGGAAUGACAAUCGAUGACAAUUUUUGCGAAGUCAAGCCCUACAAGCCAUUAUUUAAUCCUUUUUUAAUCUUUUUACUAAGUUUUAUAUGUCAAUUUUUAGUAAAUGACGUCUAAAGAUCCACCUCGCCAAAAUUAUCGUCGAUUAUCAUUACCAAGCCAUCUUUGACUCCGUUUUUUUUUCGAUCAUACGGUAUACAGUUCUAGGUUUCAAUAAAA